CUUCGGUAAUUCAUAAUCACAGCCGUAUUGUUGCUAAUUAUCACAGCACCUAUUGAAUUCAAUUAGUGUUCGGCACAUAUUAAAUUUACUGACACUUUCAACUGAACUGACUGACAAUCAGAUGUAUUAACUCCUUUACGCGAACUGGAGAUGAAUAAAAAUAUGACAAAGAGAAGGUCAGACAAUUUUAAGUAAUUGUAAUUAACAGAGCGAAAACAUAUUGAUUUAACCUUGAAAUGCUCGAAUUAAUACAUUCGAAAGUUUAUUCUGCAUCAGUAAAUUCAUUGGUGUGAAAAAUGAGCACUACAGAAAUUCUAACUUUUACCAAGAGUUUAAGUUCCUUGAGAAAAGACAUAUUUAUAAUGAAAGUUGAAUAUAUUGCAGAACGAGUGCGAAAAUCAAGAGACACAGUUUUGUGGAUAGUUUUAUUGAUAGCUAUUAUUUACUUGCUUAUACUUCAUGUUUAUUACGAAGACCGAAGUCGCCACGAAAUAAAUGAGCUAGAGUCUAGGGCACCGCCAUGUUCACACGUGAGGAAGUUACAACAGGAAACUCUAAAGAUAAUAACAGACCAUAACACAUCUGAUAUCUCGUUGAGUGAGGUACAAGAGUUGAGACAAAAAGUUGCAAUGUACGAAAGGUUGAAUAAACUGUUGGAGUUCAAUUCCUGGAUGAGUCAACAUGGCAGUAAAAUGAGACAAAAUAUUUUAAUUGUGUCUAGUCAGUAUUGUGGUAGUUCAUUGCUUGGUGAACUCUUUAAUCAAAACCCACAAGUUUUUUAUUUAUAUGAACCAUUACGGUCCUUAAAUUAUUACAAAGAUAACAGACCGACAGACGUAUACGAUGCCAUGGUAACGCAUUUACUUGACGGCAUAUUCCAUUGCAAGUUCGAUGAAUUAUCAUACUUUGCAAACUUUAUGUCUUUUCAGUAUAGUUCACUAAAAAGCCGCUUGGCUAGUAGAGCGUUGUCGGCUCCGCCGCUCUGUCCGCCUGUCAAUUCGCGUUCAUUUUACAGUAUUCGCAUGUGCACACCACUGAAACCGCAAACCACAUCCGCUAUAUGCAAGUUACAUCAACACACCGUUGUGAAGACGGUGCAGUUCGUAGACGUGCAUAAAUUAUCAUAUUUAAUGGACAAAGAUAGCUCUGACUACUCGCUCAAAGUGGUCCAUCUCGUGAGAGACCCUCGAGCAAUCGUUUUCACGCAUUUUUUAUCGGAAGACAACUCGAGUACAAACUCAUCAGAUGAUUUGAAAAGUUAUUCGAAAAAUUUAUGUGAUCAAAUGUUACGUAAUAUUAAAUACGCCAUUACUGCUCCACCAUGGUUACAGGGAAAGUAUACUUUGCUAAGAUACGAGGAUCUUGGUACCAAUCCCCAUCAAAUAGCAGAAUUAGUUUACAAGUUUGUCGGUGUCCCCGUGGCUCCACAAGUGCGCAUGUGGCUUGAUAAGUUAGCAUAUGGAGCCACCACCAGAUCGUCACAAACAGGAUCGUCUACCUCGGGGUCUGUGGAAGAUUUCUACUCCAAGAAUUUAACCUCGUCUGUCCACAACUGGCGAGUGCAAAUGAAGUAUACAGCUGUUCGGGUGAUCGAGACAGAAUGUUAUGAAGUGAUGAAUUUGUUAGGGUAUAAAAUAGUUGAUGAUGAAGAGGAAUUGACGACAUUAAGUUUCUCGCUAGUUGAUUAAUAAUUUGUUAUUUAAAAACUUAGUUUUUAGCGAACUUAGAAAAAGAACUAACCCAGUGAUAUUUAACUUU